AUGGAUACAGAUACAGAUAUAGAAAUAGAUAAUCAUAUGGUGUUUGAUGAUGAUUAUAAUCAAGCACUAUCAGUUGGAGUAUUACCAUCAUCAUUACGAUCAUUGGUGUUUGGUCGAAACUAUAAUCAACCUCUAUCAGUUGGAGUAUUACCAUCAUCAUUACAAUCAUUGAAGUUUGGUCAGGGAUAUAAUCAACCAAUAUCAGUUGGAGUAUUACCAUCAACAUUACAAUCAUUGGAGUUGGGUUAUUUCUACAAUCAACCUCUAUCAGUUGGAGUAUUACCAUCAUCAUUACAAUCAUUGGUGUUCGGUCAUUGCACUAUCAGUUGGAGUACUACCAUCAUCAUUACAGUCAUUGGUGUUGGUGAUGAAUAUAAACAAGCACUAUCAGUUGGAGUACUACCAUCUUCAUUACAAUCAUUGGUGUUUGGUCUUGGAUUUAAUCAACCUCUAUCAGUUGGAGUAGUACCAUCAACAUUACAAUCAUUGGUGUUUGGUGGAUGCUAUAAUCAACCUCUAUCAGUUGGGGUAUUGCCACCAACCCUACUAUCAUUGAAGUUUGGUAAUGGUUUUAGCCAGCCACUAUCUGUUAAAGUAUUACCAUCAUCAUUACAAUCAUUAGAGUUUGGUCCUUAUUAUAAUCAACCUCUAUCAGUUGGAGUAUUACCAUCAUCAUUACAAUCAUUGAGUUUGGUCAGGGAUAUAAUCAACCUAGCUAUCAGUUGGAGUAUUACCAACAUCAUUACAAACAUUGGCGCUUGGUUUUCAAUUCAAUCAACCUUUAUCUUGUCUCAUAUUACCAACAUCAUUACAAUCAUUGGAGUUUGGUUAUCUUUGGAAUAUUAUGAUGGUCAUGAUCCAAUACCAUUAACCUUCCAAAGUGAUUUCAAGAAAUCAAUUCAAGUUUGGAGAUACUAUCUUAGAAUAGGGCCCUAUCAAUUAUUAAAGCUUCCAUCAAAACCGGAUGCAAUCAUCUUUACAAUUUUAUCAGCUUCUAAUAGUGAAUUGUGCGUUUACAAGGAAAAAAAUUACUCACGGGGUGAAACAAUACGCUCUAGAGCACAAUUUGAAGUAGAGUGCAUGAAACUAUUCAUUGGUGACGAAAUGUUUGUCCAAUACAGAGACCAUCAGGAUAAUAAAGUUGAUCAUACAUUUUGUUUGGUGACUCUAUAUUGUCAAGGUGGUGAUCUUGAACAAUUAUGCCAAUCUAAAAUUGAGUGCAAAACAAAAUUGGAAUGCCCAACAAUCACUGUAGAUCGCCCUAAAAACUUUCAAGAAGAGACAAGUAUCGGACUAAAUAGUUUGAAAAGUGGAAUGCGUGGAACAAAUGGGUACUACCCACCUGUAAGUUAUCAAACUCGUUAUAUCAAUUUCAAGAUUACGAAUGAAUCAAAAUUAAAAGAAUAUCACUCUACAAGUGAUGCCUAUUCAGUUGGCAGAUUACUUUCAUGGUAA